AUGGUUCGACUAACGAUGAACCUAAUUGCUAAAAGCAUCAGUCACAAGAAUCUCAAUGAGGAGAACUUCAGACAGUAUCUGCGAAAAGUAACUCAUCUGAAUUUAUCAGAUAAAAACAUAGAUGCAAUUGGUGACCUCUCAUUGUGUAAAAAUCUUAGAGUUCUGUAUUUAUAUGAUAACCAAAUCAGUCAAAUACAGAACUUGGACUUUGCUUUGAAUAUAACGCACCUUUACCUUCAGAACAAUUGUAUUUCCUGUAUGGAAAAUCUCUCAUCGCUGAAAAACCUUGAAAAACUGUAUCUGGGAGGCAACUGCAUCACUGUAGUAGAAGGUCUGGAUAAAAUAGAAGGAAUAAGGGAGCUACAUAUUGAAAGUCAACAUCUCCCUCUUGGUGAAAAGCUUCUAUUUGAUCCAAGAUCUCUGAGGUCCCUGGCA